AUAUAUUAUAUAUACACACUGAACGAUCUACAAUAUCUCAAAACUACAUGCACAGCAAGAUUCAAGCCAUUUACAAAUUAAACAAAACCAUGGCUCUUCCGCUCCAAACAAAGCUUGCGAUUGUAUUAAUGAUUUUAGUGACAUGGGUGUCUCAAGCCAUGCCUCGACCAUUAAUCGAUGAAGAUGCCGUUGCUGAAAAGCAUGAGCAAUGGAUGGCCCGCCAUGGACGGACUUAUCAAGACGAUGAAGAAAAAGAGAGGCGAUUUCAUAUAUUCAAAAAAAAUUUGAAACACAUUGAGAAUUUCAACAAUGCAUUCAAUAGGACUUACAAGUUAGGUCUGAACCAUUUUGCAGACUUAACUGAUGAAGAAUUUCUUGCUACUUAUACUGGAUACAAGAUGCCCAAAGUACUCCCAACAGCAAAUAUAACGACCAAAACGACUCAAUCCAGUGAUGUUCUUUACGAGGCUAAUGUUCCUGAGAGCAUAGACUGGAGGACUAGAGGUGUCGUCACCCCUGUUAAGAACCAGGGUCGAUGUGGGUGUUGCUGGGCCUUUUCAGCUGCAGCAGCUGUUGAAGGAAUUAUAGGCAACGGUGUCUCAUUAUCGGCACAGCAAUUGCUAGAUUGUGUACCUGAUAGUAACGGUUGCAACGGCGGUUUUAUGGAUAAUGCUUUCAGAUACAUAAUACAGAACCAAGGCUUAGCCUCCGCAACAUAUUACCCGUAUCAAUUAAUGCGAGAAAUGUGCAGACCAAGCAACAAUGCAGCCAGGAUAAGUGGCUACGUAGAUGUAACACCUGCUGACGAGGAGACUCUAAAAAGCGCGGUAGCAAGGCAACCUGUAUCAGCCGCCGUUGAUGCAACUUCUGAACUUAACUUCAAGUACUACGGGGGUGGAAUAUUCCCGCCCCAAGAUUGUGGGAGUACAUUGACUCAUGCUAUUACCAUAGUUGGAUAUGGAACGAGUGCAGAAGGUACAAAGUAUUGGUUAAUCAAGAAUUCAUGGGGCGAGGGAUGGGGAGAAGGUGGAUACAUGAGACUGCAGAGAGAUGUUGGGUCCUAUGGAGGUGCUUGUGGCAUUGCAUUGCGUGCAUCUUAUCCUACCCGCUAAUUAGUUUAUUUUCCUUGGUAACAUUAGUUAGUGAACGAAAUCUUAAGAAGACUCGUAGGGGAUUUGUGUCAUGGGCUAGUGGUAGGUCGUAAAAUUCGAAUAUUUUAUUUUUUUAUCCAGCGAUUCUUCUUCUGAAUAAAUUGAAGAUAUUGCAUAAAUGAGUAACUGAGCAAAAUUUCUUUUAAA